AUGGUCUCCGCUACUUCCUCUGUCGGACUUCUUAGCCUCGUCCCCGUCGCUCUUUCGGCAGCCACGACGGGCACAUUCGAUGCGAUCACGUUUAAUGUGGCUGGUCUUCCGGCUUUCUUGAACGGUAACGACGUGCCUGGCGACAAGACCGAGAACACCGCGCGCAUUGGUCAGCUGUUCGCACAAAAUGAUCCCGACAUCAUCCAUGUGCAAGAAGAUUUCAACUACCACGCGACUCUGUACGCCAAUGAUGACCAUCCUUAUCGUACGGCGACGAGCGGAGGCGUACCGUUUGGCGACGGCUUGAACACUUUGUCGAACUUUGACUGGGUUGACUUCGAGAGGACCAAAUGGGCCACAUGCAGUGAUGCUAGUGGCUCGGACUGCCUCACACCGAAAGGGUUCACCUUCAUGCGAGCAAAGAUUAGCGAGGGAGUGUGGGCGGACCUUUACAACCUGCAUGCGGAUGCUGGUACUGAGACCGCGGAUAACACCGCUCGUGCUGCCAAUUUGAAGCAAGUCUCUGACUACAUUAAGACCUACUCUGACGGGAACUCUGUGCUUGUCUUUGGAGACACGAACUCGCGCUAUACACGCUCAGAUGAUGUCCCCCGUAUCUUCAGCACAGAAAAUGGCAUGACUGAUGCUUGGGUCCAGCUCGCCAAGGGAGGUGUAGCACCAGCAGCGGGAAGUGAUGCUUUGCUUUGCGAUAACCCUUCACCCAACACUACGUGCGAGAUUGUUGACAAGCUAUGGUACCGAGGCUCGCCCUCGCUAACUUUGGCCGCAACCAAGUUCCAAUAUGCUGGAAGCCAGUACCUGCAAACUGACGGAAACAUCUUGAGCGAUCACGACCCUGUGCUUGUGGACUUCACGUGGACUGUGAGCACUAAGCUGAGGAUCUCAGAUCCGUAUGGCGGUCCUCACGGUGACUUUUACAACGACAUCUCUACGCUCUCCGGCGUUUCCUCCCCAACAGCUUCAUCCAUCACCCUUCGUGGAGCCAACCGUCUAGAUGCCGUGUCGCUCACCCUUUCUUCUGGACAAACGUUCACCCACGGUGGCACUGGAGGCACUGCCAGCACUUUGAAGCUCAAUUCAGGUGAGAGCUUCACCAGCGCCACUAUCUGCCAGGGCACAUACAACAGCCAAACCAGGGUGUUCUACAUGCAAGUUACGACUAGCUCUGGGCGAACGGUAGCUGCGGGUACGCAGAACAGUGAUUGUGUCACUAGGACUGCUGAGAGUGGAUGGGGCAUUGUCGGUUUCACGGGAAGAUCUGGAGACGAAGUGGACCGCGUGGCCCUUAUCUACGGAAAGCUUUAG